AUGCCAUCCUUCAAUCAGAGCAUUUUCCACCCUGCAGUGUUCUUCCUUACGGGCAUCCCUGGUCUUGAAACUUCUCAUGCUUGGAUCUCCAUCCCGUUCUGUUGUCUCUAUGCCAUUGCCCUCUCUGGGAAUGGCAUGAUCCUAUUUGUCAUCAUCACUGAGGGCAGCCUCCAUGAACCCAUGUACUAUUUCCUCUCCAUGCUAUCCUUCACCGACUUGGGUCUGUGUCUAUCCACACUGGUCACUACGCUAAGUAUUUUCUGGUUCAAUGCUCGAGAAAUCAACUUUGAUGCCUGCCUCGGACAAAUGUUCUUUAUCCAUGGCUUCACGUUCAUGGAGUCCUCAGUGCUCCUGGCCAUGGCCUUUGACCGCUUCAUCGCCAUCUGUAACCCUCUGAGAUAUGCUGCAAUCUUAACCAAUUCACGGAUCAUCAAAGUGGGAUUAGGAAUUGUUAUUAGGGGGACUGUGGCUCUGGUGCCUUUACUCCUGCUCCUUAAACGUCUGUCCUUCUGUCACACUCAUGUGCUCCGCCAUUCCUAUUGCUUCCACCCCGAUGUGAUGAAGCUUUCAUGCACAGAUACAAGGAUCAACAGUGCCUUUGGGCUGGCCAUCGUCAUCUCCACAGCUGGCAUGGACUCUGUCUUGAUCCUCCUCUCCUACGUUCUGAUUAUCCGCUCUGUGCUCAACAUUGCCUCCCCAGAGGAGCGGAGAAAGGCCUUCAGUACCUGCAUCUCACACAUAAGUGCUGUGGCCAUCUUCUACAUCCCCAUGAUCAGCUUAUCUCUGGUGCAUAGAUUUGGGAAGCACACCCCACCCUACGUGGCCACUCUCAUUGCCAAUGUUUAUCUGCUCAUCCCUCCUGUAAUGAAUCCCAUAAUCUACAGUGUGAAGACAAAGCAAAUUCGCAAGGCUGUGCUCCAAGUAUUCCUUCUGAAGCUAAUUUAG